GUCCCACCAUGGUGGAACUCCUGGGUGCCAGUCAGAGCCUGGACUUGCGUCAUGGCAGGGCCAGGCGGCUGGGCAAGGGAAGAGCCAGGGGGCGUCUGGUGUUUGAUGCGUUAGUUACCAACCACGAGAGGACAAUCAAGCCCAGGAAGACGGCCUCCCCGAAGGCCCCCAGGAGAGCAGGCGUGGCCAAGGGGAAGGUCCCCAAGAAACCAGAUGAGGCCAAGGAGGAGCCUCCCAAGGCAGGCAAGGGGAAAAAGGGAGCCAAGAGUCCAGCGGAGGUGCAGAAGCCUCCCCUCAAGCCAGGCACAGACACAGAAAAAGCUUGCAAAGAAAGCAGCAAGGCCAAGGACACCGAGGCACAGCCAGGUCCAAGCCUCCGUAUCUUCCCAGUGGGACGCCGCCACCCCCCCACGCUGCAAAUGGUGCUGGAGGCGAUGCAGGCAGGGGAACAGCGCCGCCAGGGCACAUCGGUGGUAGCCAUCAAGCACUACAUCCUGCGAAAGUACCCCGCAGCAGAUGGCCCUUGCUUCAAGUACCUGCUGAAGAAGGCGCUGGCCACUGGCAUGUGCCGUGGCCUCCUCGCCAGGCCUCUCAACUCCAGAGCCAGGGGGGCCACUGGCAGCUUCAAAUUAGUUACCAACCACGAGAGGACAAUCAAGCCCAGGAAGACGGCCUCCCCGAAGGCCCCCAGGAGAGCAGGCGUGGCCAAGGGGAAGGUCCCCAAGAAACCAGAUGAGGCCAAGGAGGAGCCUCCCAAGGCAGGCAAGGGGAAAAAGGGAGCCAAGAGUCCAGCGGAGGUGCAGAAGCCUCCCCUCAAGCCAGGCACAGACACAGAAAAAGCUUGCAAAGAAAGCAGCAAGGCCAAGGACACCGAGGCACAGCCAGGAGGUGCUGAGGCCAGCAGGAAAACCAAAGCUGGGAGUAAGAGUUUAAGACCCACGGUCAGCAAGGUCAAGAGUGGUACUGCUUCCCUAACCGAAAAGAAGUCAGUGGCCCGGGCCAAGGCCCAGUCCCAGGCCCCUGCCCCCACUGGGGCUGGGCAGGGGCCGAAUGCCAAGGGUGCUUCUGCUAAGGCCGGUGGGUCCAAGGAGGUACCUGCACAUCUGUCCAGGAAGACAGAGGCCCCUAAGGGCUCGAGAACGGCUGGGCUGCCCAUCGACAUCAAGUUCCCAUCAUCCAAAGUGUCCAGCCAGAGGGCUGAAGCUUGGGGCCGGAGGCAGGGGUGGAGAGAUACUUAGCCUCUGUCCUCGUUUUUAUUCUUGAACAAACUAUUGCUCUAUUUAUUUAAUUCUAACCUAUUUAUCAAUAAAGACUUGUUUAUUUUCCCCUGCAAUUGUGUGGGUAGGGGCUGAGGUUCAAGGACUUGGCCAUUCGGUCCUCCACGAGCAUCCCCUGAGCACCUGCUGUUUACCUGGCUAAUGCUGGGGCUCAGAUAGGAGGUCCUGCCUCGGGGAGACUGUGUGCUGUAUGGAGCUGCGGCACAGACAUCAGAUAUUGAGAUGCAAAGGAGCUGGUGGGGAUUAACCCGGCCCUGAGAUCAGGCUUCCAGGAGGAGGUGGCUUUUGAUCCUAAAGGAUGGGUAGCCUUUGCCAGGUGGAUGGGGCCGAGGGUGUCGUGUGAGGGGUGGGGUGAAAGGAGGGGGAUCUGUUUAGAAAGAACCCUCUGGCUGUGGAAAGGAAA